AGUUGAGAAUUUUUUAAAAGUCCCUCUCUAUCUCUCUCUAUCUCUUAUCCCACGAUGCCGGCCACGAACCGCCGUCUCCGGCCAGGCCCAUCUAGCCUCGAUGAUCGUAUUUACCGGUUCCUCCGGCCUGGAGCCCUAGCCCGGCUCCGGGACUCGAGGAUCACCGCCAGGGCACAGAGAUCCGCCGCCGCCGCCACAGGCGUCAAGGUCCACAUGGACUACAUCUUCCCCCUUUUGCCUCCUACGUCGCCAUCUCCACCACUGGACCAGAUCGAUCGCCCUCCCUGCUUCGCCGUCAGAGUCUACGGCCCCCGAUACCCUCAGCGAAAGAAGCUGGCUGCUUCUAAGUCUUUCUCCUUCCCCGCUUCGUCUGAGGUGGAUGAUCAGAUCUUGGAUUUCUUUGGCGGCGCUGAUUUUGUUGCUGCUCAUUGAUUGUGCUGGUGGAAUGCUUAAUUUAAUUUAUUUUAUGGGAUUUAGACGGGGAGUUGAUAGAUCUGGAUUUCAUAUUUCUUUCUUCUCUUUGAAUCUCUGCCUUCUUUUUAGAUGAAUUCAGAUUUAGGUUUUUGGUUAAUU